UGGCCCCCGCGUGAUUUACAGCCACAGUGAACUGCCUCACUGGCAUACAUUCGCACGAGUGCUAGAUACAGUGUACAACGUUAUUAUUUGCUCGCCGGUUAACCAAAAACGUGGUUGCAAAUCGUGGCACGUCAUCGCACGGACUUGUCACGCUACUACCAGGCAAGCAAGGACCCUCAAAAACAACGCGGGGUUUCGCAACACCUCGUCGGGUUUGUUGGCCGCUGAUGCCUGCGAUACGCUCGUGCACGUUGUUGCCCGCAGGCAUGGCUACGUGAAACUACGAAAAUAAGUAACUGCCGUGUCCGAGGUUGCUGUGCCCGGUUACCCAGGCCGGCAGGUCGUUGCGGCCAUGGCGCAGGUUGCAUGCGUCUUCGGCGGCACUCGCGGAAUUGGGCUGGCCGUGGCACAACGCUUCCUGAGAGCGGGCAGCCCUGUGGCCGUGUUCUCUCGAGACCAGAAGAACGUGCAGGAGGCCCUCAAAGAACUAGCAUCGGAACCUGGUGUUGUGCACGGACGUAAAUGUGAUGUCCGCAACGAAGCGAGCGUGCGAGAGGCCCUGGCUUGGGCCGAAGAUCAGGUCGGUCCCGUACACUACCUCGUGACUGCAGCUGGCGUUGGCCUCGACCGGCUGCUCGCCCAGACGAGCGAGGCCGAGAUGCGGAACCUAUUUGACACCAACGUCAUUGGCACGCUGUUCUGCACCAAAGCUGCCCUAAAGGCUGGCAUGCUGCGCCGCCGACAGGGUUCCAUUGUCAACGUGGGCAGUGUGGUUGGUGAACGAGGCAACGUUGGCCAGACUGUCUACUCUUCCAGCAAGGCUGCUCUGGUGGGCCUGACCCGCUCGUUGGCCAAAGAAGUCGCCUCUCGGAACAUCAGGGUCAACAUGAUUCAGCCCGGUUUCAUAGACACUGGCAUGACACGCGCGGAACACUUGCAAGCAGUGGUGGGCCGCAUCCCCAUGCAGCGGCCAGGCCGUGCCGAGGAAGUGGCGCGUGCGGUGCAUUUUUUGGCAAGCAGCAGCUACGUGACGGGGCAGGUGCUGCCCGUCGACGGUGGCCUCAGGUUGGCCAUGUGAAGAGCCCGAGCACAAGAACGCUCAGGCACACGGGGCGGUGUCAGUGCGCACCAGGGCCGCCCAGGACAGGCCUUGGGACAGCACCAGGGGGAGCAGGAGUUCGGCCCCUUCCCAGGGCCAGGGCUUGCCAAGGUUCGGGCAGCAGCGCGUCGCCUGGCAUGGCCCGGUUGCCCACACGGCUGCGAAAACACGCGAGGCAACAAUGCUCCUUGGAGUCACAGACACACACACACAACUUUCCAGAAAGAACAGCAUACGGAGCAGCUUAUAGAUGGAGCAGUAUUAUGUGAUUCCUGUCUCAUAUUCAGGUACAUUGUCAGACCCUGAGGCUUGAGUAGACUAGGGUUUGCAGUAUUUACACUAAGAAAAGUGUUAUGGGGAAAUGCAAUAUGUAUGAGCAACCUAAAUGUAGUAGAUGUGGUAUGACAUGUUAGCGAGUUUUAGUGCUGCGUGCAUAGUAUCCAUAAUGGCGUUGCGCACGUAAGAACACUGCGUUUCGCAUAGUACGCAUGAGCAGAAGUUCUGCGCCCACGCUUUAUGCAAAAUGUGGUGCUGUUACGUAUGCAACGCUGUUACGGAUGCUACGUACGCAGUACUAAAACUCACUAUUAGUAGUUGUUUAUGUUCACGUUCUUGGAAAACACACCCUCCUUUCCAGAAACCGAAUACACAGCACUCUAUAGAUGGAGCAGUAUCACAUAUCGUUCAGGUACAUUGUUGGACCCCAAGGGUUGAGGGGACGGGGUGUUUGUAGUAUUUACGUGAAGAAAUUAUGUGAUAGAGGUAUGUGCUAUGUAUGAGCAACCUAAAUGUAGUAGCUAUAGUUAUGACAUAGUUUUUUUGUGGUCACAUACUCAGAAAACACACCCAACUCUCUAGGAAGAACAGCAUACGCAGCAGUGUAUAGAUGGAGAAGUGUUAUGUGACUCCUGUCUCGUAUCAUACAGGUACAUCGCCGGACCCCCAAGGGCUGAGUAGACGGGGUUGUUUGUAGUACUUAAGUGAAGAAACAAUGAGAUAGAGAAAUGUACUGUGUAUGUGCAACCUAAAUGUGGUAGUUGUAGUUAUGACAUAUUAGUUGUUUAUGGUCACAUACUCGGAAAACACCGUGGCAGAAGCAGUUCCUAUCAUUCCAUUGAAUACACGACAGAGAAGUGAGCACAAGGAAGAUCUAAAGGUCUACAUGUACACUGCAUGGAAAGAAAAUGAUAAAGUGUGUUGGGAAGACAGUGCAACACAAUGCUACAAGGAUGUAGGUUCUUGUAGAAUGGUUAAAUGACUUUUCGGAGAGAUUUAAUAUAUUGCAAAGUGGGGAAUUUUAUUGAAAUGUUGUAUGUGUUUGGGAGCAAUGAAUGUUUAAAUAGUU